UUAUCCCUCACAGUGUCUGCAAUCUUGCAAGCACGAGGUAUAUAGAAAGAAAAUAUACGUUUUUUUGCUAUAUAACAUUUUAGUUAACCAGCGCUAGUGUUCAAAACUAACGCGUAUCUCUGCAAAAAAACAAUGAAGCAAUUUAUAUUCUCUGCAUUUAUUUUUCUGUUACUAACAGGUAUCAAAGAUGCGAGUGCUUGCAGUAUGCUCGGUUUGACCGGUGGGGCUGGAUACUCUUCGCCAUUCAUCAGCGCAUCAACUCAUCCUAACAACAACCCUCACAACCUCAACUGUUACUACAGAAUCAACGCCCAGAGCAGCUCCAACGUCAUCAAAGUAAAUUUCAGAAAUGUCAACGUGGAAGUUGGAAGCUGUUGCAACACCGACUACUUCGCUGUUUAUGAGGGCUCGUCCGCAACAUCUCGUCUUAUUGGAAAGUAUUGUGGACAACAUAGUUCUAUCGUUCUACAAGGACGUGGACAAUACAUGUAUAUACACUACCAUACUGAUGGUUCCGUGUAUUCAACUGGAUUUGAGUUACAAUUUACUGUUUCAGCCUCAGCAACGCCAUCGUGCGACCAACUAUCAAUUGGAGGAGGACCAGGAACUGGUUUCAUAACUUCACCAAACUAUCCUAGCAAUUAUCCCCACCAGGCUGAUUGUAGAUACCGAAUUAAUGCUGGAAGUGCAACUCGUACCAUUACGUUAACUUUCACCGCGUUUAAUCUGGAAAGUCACCCUGAUUGCAAGUUUGACUUUGUCGAAGUUCGAACUCAAUUGAACGCACACUGCGCACCAAAUGUUAAAAAAUAUUGCGGCUCAACUGUGCCAACAACACAAACAAUAACCGGCCAACAAUAUGCUUACAUUCAAUUCUUUACCGACAGCAGUGUGACCAGACCUGGAUUCAGAAUGGAAUGGACAGUUUCAGGCGACCCAUCAUGCAGCAUACUCGAUUUGGCUGGUAGUGUUGGACAUGUCUCUCCUUACUACAGCGCAUCAACCCAUCCCGCCAACAAUCCACACAACACCGACUGCUACUAUCAAAUCAACGGCGAGAGUACCUCCAACGUCAUCAAAGUAGAAUUUACCAGCUUCAGCCUAGAAGCUAACGCCAAUUGCGCCUUCGACUACGUCGCGGUUUACGAAGGUCCGUCUGCUACAUCUCGUUUGAUUGCAAAAUACUGUGGAAACAAAACCCCAUUUUCUGUUUCUGGGCGUGGACAAUACAUGUACAUGCACUACCAUACUGAUGGUUCUGUGCAUUCGACUGGAUUCCAAUUCCGAUUCAGUGUCUCAGCCUCAGCAACGCCAUCGUGCGACCAACUAUCGAUCGGAGGCGGACCAGGAACUGGUUAUAUAACUUCACCAAACUAUCCUGGCAAUUAUCCACAUAAGGCUGAUUGUAGAUACCGAAUUAAUGCUGGAAGUACGUCUCGUACCAUUACGUUGAGGUUCACCGCGUUUAAUUUGGAAAGUCAUAGUUCUUGCAGAUAUGACUUCGUCGAAGUUCGAACUACAGCUAAUGCGCACUGCGCACCAAACGCUAGAAAAUACUGCGGGACAACUGUGCCAGCAACACAAACCAUAACCGGCCAACGAUAUGUUUACAUUCAAUUCUUCACCGACAGCAGUGUGACCAGAUCUGGAUUCAGGUUACAGUGGACAGUUUCAGGGCAAGUUGGAGGUUCUUGCAACAUGCUCGGUUUGACCGGUGGGGCUGGAUACUCUUCGCCUUACUACAGCGCAUCAACUCAUCCUAGCAACAACCCCCACAACCUCAACUGUUACUACAGAAUCAACGCCCAGAGCAGCUCCAACGUUAUCAAAGUAGACUUUAGACGAAUGCAAAUAGAAAAUCACAGUUGCUGCAACUUCGACUACGUCGCGGUUUAUGAAGGUUAUUCUACAUCGUCCCGCUUGAUUGGAAAAUAUUGUGGAACAAAUUCUUCUUUUUCGGUUCAAGGACGUGGCCGAUACAUGUACAUGCACUACCAUACUGAUAGUUCGAGGUAUUCAACUGGAUUCCAAUUCCGAUUUAGUGUUUCAGCCUCAGCAACGCCAUCAUGCGACCAACUAUCGAUCGGAGGCGGACCAGGAACUGGUUAUAUAACUUCACCAAACUAUCCUAGCAAUUAUCCACAUAAGGCUGAUUGUAGAUACCGAAUUAAUGCUGGAAGUGCGUCUCGUACCAUUACGUUGAGAUUCACCGCGUUUAACCUAGAGAGUCACAGUUAUUGCAGAUACGACUUCGUCGAAGUUCGAACUCAAUUGAACGCACACUGCGCACCAAACGCUAGAAAAUACUGCGGGACAACUGUGCCAGCAACACAAACAAUAACCGGCCAACAAUAUGUUUACAUUCAAUUCUUUACCGACAGCAGUGUGACCAGAUCUGGAUUCAGGUUGCAAUGGACGAUUUCAGGAGGUGACAGCUGCGAUCAACUUAAUCUUGGCGGUGGACCUGGCAGCACUGGUUUGAUAAAAUCACCCAACUACCCGGGAAACUAUCCGCAAAAUAUUGAUUGUAAAUACAAAGUGUACAGCGGAUGUUCCUCGAACAACGUCCGUUUCGCCUUUUCUGCUUUCAACAUAGAGACUAAUAGCCAAUGCAGAUACGACUACGUGGAGAUAUUUAGCGGAUGCAGUACAAAUUUAGGUUCUCAGGGUAAAUUUUGUGGAACCACAAUACCUGCUCCCUCCACUAGUUACGGAACUUCAUGCAAGUCAAUGAGAUUUAAAACAGAUCGUAGCGUUGCCAGAUCUGGAUUCAACAUGAGAUACACAGUUACAGGAAGGUGUUGUCCGUCUUCUGGGGUUAUAAGCUCACCAAGUUUUCCACUGAACUAUCACAACAAUGCUGAUAACUGCUAUGUGAUCUGCCCACCUGGUGCACGCAGAAUUCGUCUUCGUUUCACCACGUUUAUCUUGGAAGGCAGUGAACCCAACUGCUCAUACGACAGUUUAACUAUAAAACGAUCCUUCUGUACAUCUGGAACUCAGUUGGAUAAGUUCUGUGGCACAAAGAGAACACCCUUCACAAGGACGUACACUGCCACAAAAUUGGCUUUGAAAUUCAAAACUGAUCGUUCGGUUGUCAAAAAAGGAUUCUCACUCUUCUUCUCUAGAGUGUAAGAUUGUAAGAAAUGGAAGAAAGAUUACCGACGCCAAGAAAAUGUAACCCAUACCCAUACAUGAGCUUUUACUAGACAUCUAUAUACUCUUUAUCAUUUAAGCGUAAAACGAAUAUAUACAUCGCUUUGCGUAUUAUUAAAAAAUAAAAAAAAAUGAUCUUU